UUGAUUUAGACCUGCUGAACGAAGUUAUGUUUUCAGUCUAGUCUAGACUGUUUAUAGAUCUAGGUCUAUAUAUCUUUUUAAGUAGAUAUCGAGCAGAUCGUUGUCUAAAGACUAAGUCGACAUAAAUCUAGCCUAGACAGAAUGGAAGAAAUCAAAUAUUAUCUUCUGUGCUAUGUUAUUCCAAUAGUAAUUGCUUGUUUUAUUUUCAUUCGCAUGUUUGGAUUGAAUAAAGCAAAAUGCAAAGCCUUUAUUUGCAGUCUGGUUUGUCGCUAUAUUCAUGGCAAAGUAUGUGAUAAAGAAAAGGCUUUAUUGUUUGAACAGUUGAAAGAUCAUAAAAACAGUUUAAAAACAAAUUCCAAAUUUACAAUAUUGGAAAUAGGUGUUGGAAGUGGCAUGAAUUUCAAGUUUUUCCCCUCAGAGUGUGAUGUAACCUGUCUUGAUCCUAACCCUUACAAUGAGAAGUAUGUUAUAGAUAGUUUAAGAAAGGCAAAUAACAACAUCCGACUUGUCAAGUUUAUCGAAGGUUAUGCUGAAAAUAUGUUAGAUGUGCCUAGUGACAGUUUUGAUGCUGUGGUGUGUACAUUUACCAUGUGUUCAAUUAAGGGAUUGAAUGACGCCAUUGAAGAAAUUAGACGAGUUUUAAAGCCGGGUGGAAAAUUCUUUUUCUUGGAACAUGUAGCAGCACAUAAGGGUUCGCAUUUACGUUCUCUCCAAGACAAGUUUCAACGUAUUUGGCCAUACAUUGCUAAAGAUACGCAUAUUAAUAGGGAAACAUGGAAAUUCUUAGAUAAUUCUAGUUUCAAAGAUGUUCAGUAUCACCUUUUCACUGCAAAGUUUUUUCUAGCAUUUUUAGCUAAACCCUGCAUGUAUGGAUCAGCUACAAAAUAAUGUUUUUUUAAUAUGUUCAUAUCAAUUUUUUUUUCAACUCUCAUAAUUUCCAUUGAAAAUGCUUCAUGACAAAAAUUUAACUUUGUUUUUUAUUUUUAUUAAAGAAUGUUUAACUGUAAAUGAAUUGAGUAAAUGCCUUUAUACCCAUGAGAUAAUGGAAAAAGCCAAAGGGUUUUUAAAACUGAAUGAAAGCUAUGAAAACUAUUUUUCCUUGAAAGUAAAAAUCCUAUACAUCCAUUGCUUUGUAUUUGCAAUUAGGUUUCCUCAUAACGCUACUUUUUUUGUCUGUUUUUUUUUUUUAAUAAUACUUUUAAAAAAUAUAUAGGUCUAGAAAAUGUAUCCCUUUUUAGAAUUGCAGAAUUGUCUUGUAAAAAUAAAAAAAACGGUAAUUUGUCAUUAUAAGAUUUCAAAACUUACAAAAAGGGAAAAAAAAGAUUCUAGUUUUGGAGGAAUCAAUACUUUAUCAUCAUUUCAUAACAAAUAUUUAGUAGACAAUUGGGCAAAGAAAAUGUUAAGAAAACUAUAUACAUGAAAUCAUUCUCAAACUCCAUCAUAGAUUGCAGCUGUAAAUUUGUGAUAAUAGUAAUAAUAUAUAGUAAUUUUGAAAAUAAUUGUGUUUUUGCUUUUAACUAAAGUAAACUUAUAUAUGCUUAUGCUUAUAUAUAUUCAUUUCCCAUUAGUAUCAUCUCUCAUCUCUGCCUAUGUAUAGCAGUCUAUCUAAAAAAUUGUUAACAUAUUUUGUAAAGUUUCUUCAUCUUAACAAAAUAAAUUCCACACAUCUCCCCCUUUGUAGACACUGCAACCCUUAUGAAACCGUAAACUAUAUCCUCUUUGAAUGCCCCUUCCUGAUCCACCGUAGGCAGACCCUACUACCACCACAGCCCAACAUAACCAAUACCCUGUACAAAUUGAUGGCUGCCUGGUCAUGCAGUUUGCGCGAUGGACUGUCGUUCAGAUUUAUCAAUGGUCCCGGGUUCAAACCCUGCCCGCUCCCAUCCCCCGUCGUCCUGCGGGAGGUUUGGACUAGGAAGUAAUUAUCUUCAACUCUGAAGGAACAUCCGAAACAUGUCAAACAUUUUACAAAACAGCAGUGCUGAACAACUGAAAAGAACAGCACACUAUAUUUCCUUGGCACAAGAGCUGACAGCUCAGCAGCAAAAAGCUGGCCAGAAGAAGAAGAAGAAGUAAAGUUUCUUACCAUAUAGAAUGUUUAAAACAUCAAAAUUUCUUUCUACAUGUUUAAAAAUUGUAUUUUAUUUAUUAAUUAUUUUUUUUUACACAUUUUAAUAGACAGUGUACUUCAAUAUUACAAUUAUAAAGAUAUGCCAACCAUUAAAAACUGUAUGAAUUUUAA